AUGGUGGACUGCGCGAGGGCGGCCAUAUUGAUACCGUUGGCGCACAGCCUCCUUUAUUGUGUGCCGGUGAAAAAAUGUAGCCUGGUCGAAACCGCGUUCCUGUUGCUGGUCACCGUGUCCACGAUAAACAUGCUGACCAUCGUCCUAAACGAUUCACCGGUGUUCCCGGAGGACGACGAGGAAGACGGCUAUCAGGUGUCUUCGGUGCCACUGUUGCUGGACUCACCGCAGUGCGUCGUGUUCGGCACGUUCAUGAUAUGGUUCGCAGCCAUCACCAUCAACCUGGGCCCGACAUUCAUGAGCGGCGCGCUGGCCGCUGGCGCCGAGGUGACCAGGGACAAGCCUGGCUGUCCGCUCGUGCACGGCCCUUUCCGGCACUACAUACUCAACGCCCUGUGGAUAAUCAUCAACCUGCUGUGCGUGCUGCUCACGCUGUUCCACUUGCGCAAGCUGCACAGGGACCUGACCAAGGCCAACGUGGAAGCUGUCAGGGUGGCCGGACUGGUCACCACGUUGGUAAACGUAACCGGCAACAAUUACUCGGACCCGCGACAUGCACCGAGGAGAAGUUUGGGUGCGGUGGAAGAGCACCAGAGAAUGCGCAACUACCUGUUGCGCAUCGAGAGGGAAGGAGUCCAAAAGGUUAAGAUGUUCGUGGUCAUCACUGCGGCGUAUGUGAUCUUCUGGGGACCACUAUUUUUCGUCACGUUGGUACAACAUCCGUUAUCCGGCAAUCGUUCCGACUACGAGGUGACGCUGCACGUGGCCAAUGGCCAUUCGUUCGUCAACGCCAUGCUGUUCCUGGUGCUGCACCGGGGACUCCGGCAAGCGGCCGCCGACGCUUGCUGCACCAGCAUGUCCACGGUGGCCAGGUGGCUGACGGCCGGGUGGUCGCCGGAACCGUACACGCUGGACGCAUCGGUGCCGGGCAUGUCGCCCGAGCCCGUGUUGGCCGCACCGCCACCACCGCCGCCCACCAGUCUGCCGGCGUACACCAUUCGGCACACUUCGAUGAGGACUAGGUCGAUGAAUCGUUUCCCGGCGGCUCACCAUCGGGAUCUGCACUAUGACUACCAUUCGUCGCAUCCCAACCUGCACGACAUGUCGGGCAUCAACAUGGGUCGGUUGUACAACAGUCAUGAGUACCUGCCGAACGAUUACCGCCGAUACAACCACUACUACCAUCACCGGGAAACGCCACCGUGCUCGUCGCCCGAAUGA